AUGCCGUCGACCGCCUCGACCGUCAUUUCGACCGUGGUCGACUACGGUCGAUUCAUUGGAUUGGGGCUGGCAUUGAUUCUUGCCCUUGCUACAAUACUUGUCGGUUUUGUAGGCACUUUUGGGCCACAUUGGGCAUUUGCUCUUAUGACUGUGGUCGCUUGGAAUGUGCUUACCGUAUUUCAAGGCUUCAUAGAGUACAUACAUCUGCGAAGGGACAUGGAAGAUGUGGAUUGGUAUUUCAAAAAUUUGAAAAUCAAAAUCCCUGCCGAGAAGACGUUGGGCUGGUUUCCAUGGUGGGAGACAAUUAUCGUUAUCAGUUUGGCACUUUGGUUUUGGCACCCGUUUUAUGCAGCGAUUUUGACAUUGUGUAUCCUUGUCUUGUACUCCUACACCUUCCUGGACCUGCUCCAGAAGCGUCUAGAAGAGAUCUACGAGGUCAGCGAAGUCAUGUACAAGCAAAUGGAUUAUUUCUUAAAAUUGCAAAAAUUCCAAGAAGAAAGUGGAGAUUUCUAUAUUGUCGACGAUGUCGAAGUAGAAGAAGAAGCGGGAAAUUCAAAAAGUCCAAUAAAUCCAAAAGUAGAUGGAGUUUUUAAAAAUCCCUUUAAUUGGUCCAGAUGCAUGUUCUUGAUUGGGGUACUUUUGAUAGAGAGUCAAUGGAUCGGAUGGGAUUAUUUUGCGUGUAUCCUUGUCUUGUACUCCUACAUCUUCUUGGACCAGCUCCAGAAGCGUCUAGAAGAAAUCCACGAGGCCCAUGAUGUCAUCACUCGGCAAAUGGAGAAAUUCCGGAAAUUCCAAGAAGAAAUUGACGAUUUCGAUGUUGUCGAGGAAGCGGAGGAAGCGGGAAAUUCAAAAAUUCCAAAAAUCGAAAAAAUUGAAAUUCUCGAAAAUCCCCUAAACUGGGCCAUAUGCAUCUUCUUGUUUGUGGUUCUUGCAGCAGAGAGUCAAUCUUGGGGAUUCGACGGUUUUGCGCUCCUUUUCCUUGCCUACACAUUCCAUCAAACAAAUAUCAUGAUGGAAUUCCACCGGAUUCGAUCGAUUUUCAAAUGCUACGAUCUGGAAGUUUUCGAAUAUCAAAAGGAGAUUAAUCAGUUCAAAAAGAGCUGGAAAAAUUGA